CAACAUAUCCACAAUGGCAGAACAUAACAUUAGCCGUUUGAUUGCUGUGGUGCUGGCAUUGAUUUUCUUCAUCAUCACUAUGGUGUUCACUGCUUUGGCAGGGCCGGGAAUAUAUCCAUUUUUGUCCAGCACUGCUAACAUUUCUGAUGAGUUUGUAACUCAGAUCACACCAGCAGGAUGGACCUUUACCAUUUGGUCAAUCAUUUACACCUUUCUGGCUUUAAUGUCGCUGUACCUCCUCUCUGGCAUCUUUAGAAAGAAUGCCUAUGGUUACGUUUACUGCAGCCCUCCUGUUUUGCCACAUGGAUUCUUUGUGGUUUUUUGCUUGAACCUGGGCCUCAAUAUCGGAUGGUUGCUCCUGUGGGACAGAAGGUUGAUGGCUGCUGCUCUGGUUUUCCUCAUUCUGAUCGCCUUGACCAACUACGUCGUGAUAUUCUUCUCCUGCUAUGGUCUCCAUAACUAUGGAGCUUGGCUCAACAAAUACCACAAAGUAGACCUGUGGCUCCACCGUGUGUUGAUUCAAAAUGGUGUUGCCGUAUAUGCGACAUGGACAACCAUUGCAUCCCUUGUUAACCUGGCUAUUGUACUGAAUUAUAAUGCAAACAUGUCCCAGACAGAUGCUGCCACCGUCUCUCUCUCAAUUCUGACUGUGGUGUUACUUGUUUGGUUUGUUCUGGAAAACUCUGUCCUCGACAAACACGUGAGGUUCAUUCUCAGCAUUUACCCAGUUGUGAUCUGGGCACUGACGGGGGUGUUCAUGAAAAACUACAACGCUGCAGCUCCUACCCGCAAUAAUAUCUUUAUUGUCUCCCUGUUGGCCAUAGCCUGUGUCGUUUUUGUCGGACGGGUAUUUUUGGUCAUCUGGAGGCAAAUCAAAAAGCCAUUUUACAAAGAUGUCAACCCUGAGGACAUGUCUCCUAUGGAGAUCGCAGAGAAACAGAAAACAAUAUUUAAAUGA